UUCUCAAGUUCUCUUUCCUUCUCUGCUUUUCAGGGGAAAGCCUUCGAUUCCAAACCAGCUCUUAAUGGGUGCUUCGAUUUCACUUGGGAACCCUUCCCUUGUGGACAAUGCGAGCAAUUCGGACGAGAAGCCAAACGGGAAGAUGGAAGGGAGGAGGUCGGAGGCAGCGGAUAGAUGUGAAUUAUCAGAUUCAUUCCAAGGCUCAAAACGAGGCAUGUGGAAGAAGGAAGGGAAGAUUGCUCUGCUGCAAGAUGUUGAUAAGCUGAGAAAAAAGCUUAAACUUGAAGAGAAUGUCCACAGAGCAUUGGAGAGAGCUCUUACAAAACCAUUGGCUCUUCCUCGUCUCCCUCCUAAUCUUCCUUCACAUAUCUUAGAGCUUCUUGCUGAAGUAGCCGUGUUAGAGAAGGAGGUGUUAAAGCUGGAAGAGCAAGUACUGAAUUUCAGGCAAUGUCUCUACCAUGAAGCCAUCUACAUUUCUUCAACCAAAAGAAUCAUGGAAAACGGAACAGAUCUGUGCCAUGUUGGAUUCUCAUCACAGAAAUCUAAGAAUUCAGAGCAGUCCAAAGCUCAGUCUCUGUUAGCUAAUUCUGAUCCUUCAACUGGUAGCAAUUCUCCUUCAAUGCGUUGGUAUUCAGAUAGAUAUCCAAACCAAUCUUCUUCUAAUCGGUUCGCAAAUGAAAAGCGGUUUCCAAUGAAACUCAUUUCUUCCUUCGCUGAGGACUCUAUCAAGAAUAUCAAGCAAACAGUUGCAAAGAAAGCUUCAGGAUCUAGAGUUCUGGAUUCUCAGCAAGAAUUCCUUCAAACCAACAAGGAGAAGGUAUCUGAAGAUAUAAAUGAUGCAAACAAGCUGUCAGAGGAAAUCUUAAGAUGCCUCUUGAGCAUUUUGGCACGAAUUAGCUUGCCAAAAAGCACAGCAGCUGAGAACAAGAUACUCCCAUCAGUAUUAGUUUCUUGCGAUAAUUUAAAGGAUGAAGAGUUGCAGGAUCCUUAUAGUAUUUGCACAGAAUUUGGAAGGAGGGACAUCGGUCCAUACAAGCAUCUUCAUGCUGUGGAUUCAAGCUCAUUUGAUAACAAUAUAUUCUCAAAAUUUUCAUCUCUUUAUCAUAGACUAAAAUUACUACUCGGGAAGCUUGCAUCUGUUUGUAUUUCAGAGCUUACUCAUCAGCAAAAAUUGGCAUUCUGGAUUAAUAUGUAUAAUUCAUGCAUGAUGAAUGCUUUUCUAGAGAAUGGUAUGCCUACCAAACCAGAGACGAUAAUUGCACUGAUGUCGAAGGCAAUGGUGAAUGUAGGCGGGCAAUUGUUGAGUGCAAUGACUAUUGAGCACUUUAUACUUAGAUUGCCUUACCACUGGAAGCAACAAUUAAAAGGCGAAGCGAUGACAAGGUGGAGCAUUUUUGGGUUAGAUCGGCCUGACCCAUUGGUCACAUUUGCUCUUUCAUGUGGAAGUUGGUCCUCCCCUGCUGUGAGGAUCUACACUGCUUCUCAAGUAGAGCAGCAGCUAGAAGAAAGCAAGAGGGAUUACUUACAAGCUUCAAUCGGCAUAUCAAAGCCGAGCCAAAUGGCUAUUCCGAAGCUUUUGGAUUGGUACCACUUAGAUUUUGCUAAAGAUAUGGAGUCGCUGAUGGAUUGGAUUUGUCUUCAACUGCCAAGCGAACUAAGGAAAGAUGCAGUUCAAUGCCUUGAUAUGCGUAGGAGAAGCGCAAUUCCUCGGCCAAUACAAGUGCUUCCAUAUGAGUUCAGAUUCAGGUAUCUUUUGGAGCCAUAGAAGUCUCUUUCGCUUUGUAUGAUCCAAAUAUGAUAUAGAUUUUUCAAGGAUUGUUGGUUU